AUGGCGGAAAAUGGGGCACUUCCGGGCGCGCAGACUGCGACGAGCAGAAAUGGAGUCUGGCGCAUCAGCACUCGCAAGCAACCCAUCCUGAAAGCCGAGCCGAUCGAAGCUCUGUCCAACGACAUAGGCAUUCCCAUUCCCGAGAUGAUCUUUGGCGACAACUUUGUCUCGAUAUCGCACGUCAAAUCUGGCUGGACGCUAUCGUUCAAUGCACGCGACGCGCUGGAUCGGGUGUCUAAGACCGAGGAAGGGAUGCUUCAAGUCGCAGUUGCUGAAGAGUGGAAGAAAGAGCGAUCGCAUCAAGAAGAGGUCAAGCAGGUAGUGAAGCCUUUCGACUGGAGCUAUAGCACAGACUACAAGGGCACGACAAAUGCUGCGACUGUAAGUGGAGAAUGGCAAGCUAGUUCACAAGCAAAAGAUCCCAUCCGGACAGAUCUGCUCAGCCGGCAGGAUCCGAUCCAGUUCUUCGAUGCUGUGGAUUUGUACGAAGACGAGCUUGCGGAUAAUGGAAUUGGCUUGCUCAAUAUCAAAGUCAGGAUGAUGCCAGAGAGGUUGCUUCUACUGUGCAGAUUCUUCUUGCGGCUUGAUGGGGUCAUCAUCAGGAUAAGAGACACGCGGGUGUACGUGGAGCACAACACGAACAAGGUUAUCAGGCAGUAUACAGCAAAAGAGGAGAAGUAUUCGGUAAUCGAAGAGAAGCUUCGAGGCAUGAGGGAGAGUGUGCCUGAAGCAUUUCGGGAUGCGAAUCAGCUGGCUCAGCUUCUGCCGACUGUUGAGGAUACAACGGACAUUUUCGAGGUUUCAUGA